UGCGCGGUUCCGCCCCCAUAGGCCCGUCCGCGCCCCCGGAGGUCGCCGGAGCUCCUGCGCCGUGUACCGGCUGAGCGCAGGCGCAAUAGGGCUUGACGGGUUUGACCACCAUGGCGUGGGUUCAGGCCGAGUCUGCGGUGGAAGAGUUGAUGCCACGGUUGUUACCUGUGGAGCCCUGUGACUUGACGGAAGGUUUCGAUCCCUCGGUGCCCCCCAGGACGCCGCAGGAAUACCUGAGAAGGGUGCAGAUCGAAGCGGCUCAGUGUCCAGAUGUUGUGGUAGCCCAAAUUGAUCCAAAGAAGUUGAAGAGGAAGCAAAGUGUGAAUAUUUCUCUUUCAGGGUGCCAGCCUGCCCCAGAAGGUUAUUCUCCAACACUUCAGUGGCAGCAGCAGCAAGUGGUCCAGUUCUCAGCUGUUCGACAGAGUGUGAACAAGCAUAGACAUCACUGGAAAUCUCAGCAGUUGGAUAGCAACGUGACAAUGCCAAAAUCUGAAGAUGAAGAAGGCUGGAAAAAAUUUUGUCUGGGUGAAAGGUUAUGUGCUGAAGGGGCUCUCGGACCAUCUACAAAUGAAAGCCCUGGGAUUGACUAUGUCCAAAUUGGUUUUCCUCCCUUGCUUAGUAUUGUAAGCAGAAUGAAUCAGGCAACAGUCACUAGUGUCUUGGAAUAUCUGAGUAAUUGGUUUGGAGAAAGAGAUUUUACUCCAGAAUUGGGAAGAUGGUUUUAUGCUUUACUGGCUUGUCUUGAAAAGCCUUUAUUGCCUGAGGCUCAUUCACUGAUUCGACAGCUUGCAAGAAGAUGCUCUGAAGUUAGACUCCUCGUGGGCAGUAAAGAUGACGAAAGAGUUCCUGCUUUGAAUUUACUGAUCUGCUUAGUUAGCAGGUAUUUUGACCAGCGUGAUUUAGCUGAUGAGCCAUCUUGAUAGAGCUUAACUCCUGGGGAUGGAAGAUAAGUUCAUCGAAGCCGGCCUGAGUCCGAGGAAACAUAAUGCCAAUUUGAGGACAGAGUACAUCACUUCUUCAGCACUCUGUGAAGUGUUUCGUCCUAAUCUGCAGCUCAAGUUGAUAUUCAAAAUGUAGAUAGUAUUGGUUUGAGUGUCUGAAAUAGCUAAGAAAUAGCCCACGGGGUAUCUGAUGAACAGUUGGGAUAGUUUCUUCAGUCAUGUGCAUUGAAAAUGAUCAAGGGUGACUUAUUACAUAAGCAACUUACAUAAAAACUGAUGAAAUUUUAUACAAGUCCCUGGUGCUGUUUCAUUGUUUGUUUACAAAUAUACAUAUGUAUUCAUGUUGAAAUGUAUUUUGGCUACUCAAAUUUUGUUUGACGCUUGAACAAAAUAAAAGACAGUGGGUGUCCUUAUAUUCA